AUGUCUCUUUCUAAAAAAUUGUGUAUUACAGAUAUUAAUUUAGAGAACAGAAGAGUUUUUAUUCGAGUUGAUUUUAAUGUUCCUUUAGACUCAAAUAGAAAGAUUACCAAUAAUCAAAGAAUUGUAGGGGCUCUUCCAACAAUUGAAUAUGCGUUGAAGAAAGGAGCAAAAGCAAUUAUUCUUGCAUCACACUUGGGUCGGCCUAAUGGUCAAAAAAAUGACAAGUUUUCAUUAAAACCAGUAUCAGAAGAACUUAAAACACUGCUUAACAAAAACAUUCUUUUUUUAAAUGACUGUGUCGGUGCUGAAGUUGAAAAAGCUUGUAAAGAAGCAACAAAUGGCCAGAUUAUUUUGCUUGAAAAUCUUCGAUUUCAUAUUGAAGAAGAAGGGAGUGCUAAAGAUGCAGAAGGAAAUAAAAUUAAAGCUGAUUCAAACGCUGUUCAAGCUUUUCGUAAAUCUUUAACAUCUUUGGCUGAUGUAUAUAUAAACGAUGCAUUUGGUACAGCUCAUAGAGCACAUAGUUCUAUAGUUGGUGUUAAUUUACCACAAAAAGCUUCUGGAUUUCUUAUGGAAAAAGAGCUUAACUAUUUCUCCAAAGCUCUUGAAAAUCCAGAAAGGCCAUUUUUAGCUAUCUUAGGAGGCGCAAAAGUUUCAGAUAAAAUUCAACUUAUUGAUAAUCUUCUUGAUAAAAUUGAUUCUUUAAUUAUAUGUGGUGGAAUGGCUUAUACAUUUAAAAAAGUUUUACAAAAUAUGGAGAUUGGAACAUCAUUAUUUGACCAGGCAGGCUCUGAAAAUGUCAAAGCGUUAAUGGAAAAGGCACAUAAUAAAAACGUAGAAGUUGUUUUUCCAGUAGACUUUAUUACGGCCGAUCGAUUUGAUAAAGAUGCCAAGACAGGAUAUACUACCGAUGAAGAAGGUAUUAAUAGCAACUUGAUGGGCUUAGAUUGUGGAUAUAAAUCAAUCGAACUAUUCGCAAGCGUAAUUAAAAGUGCUAAAACUAUUUUAUGGAAUGGUCCUGCAGGAGUUUUUGAAUUCGAUGCAUUUGCAAAUGGUACUAUAGGGCUGCUUGAUACUGUAGUUGCUUCGUCAAAUGCGGGAAAUACAGUUAUUAUAGGUGGUGGUGACACAGCGACUGUUGCUGUUAAAUAUGGAAAAGUAGACUGCUUAUCCCACGUUAGUACAGGCGGUGGUGCAAGUUUAGAGCUUUUGGAAGGAAAAGAGCUUCCUGGUAUCACGAUUCUUACUGAAAAAUAG